AUGUUCCAGAGCGGAGGAGGGGCUUUAUUUAAGAUGCAGGAGGUGGGCACAUCGUCGAUCGCAUCACUUUCUCUAAGGAUCAUGGACGAAACAACACGUGGACGCUUAGCCCAGGCUAUCCGGGAUGCAUUCACAGCCUCCAGCAUAGAUCAUGAUGAGGAUUAUAUUGAUUCUUUGAUCUCUAAAGUCGACGAUGAUGUCCUCCAGGCUCAUCUCGCGAACCAAGGUAAUAACGCAGGCGACACUCCAUUAAGAACCAGCGGCCGAGCUUUACAAACACCUCCGGCCUCUCCAGCUAAAGGGCGUGGAUCCAAUAGGAUUUCAAAUGCCCAGAAAAGGGAGUAUGCAAAUCUAGUGGGCGCGGAACCAAGGAAGAAAAAAAGGAAGCAAACCCAGCAGUGCUCAGACAAAUGUGCUGAUGAACCAUCACCCGGUCGCAUUGCUGAUGAAACGAUCGAGACGGGCCCUCAGAGUAUUGAUCAACCGCCCUUGCCCACUGACGACCAUGGGAACGCAGCCCACCCCUCGAAUCUCUCGGUCGAAACUUCCUCAUCCUAUCACCCAGACUCUGCGUUCACAACGAAAGCAAUGGCUUCGAUUCUGUUCGAGUGCUUUAUCGUCAAUUCAGUAAUCUCUAGAUACGGUCACCGAACCUACGUGGGCCCAGCUAGGACCGACCUUAAUCAUAUACGAAAGUACACCGAUGAGGUUGCGGAGUAUAGUUACGAACAGGCAAUCAGCGCCAUUCACAGGGACAACGCUUUGGCUAUGGGUAAGGGUGUGCAGAAUCGGUACUGUGAAACAAUAUUCUGGAAAAUCAUUCUCAAGGGUGCAGCUUUAAUCGAUCCUGCCAGCUUGCAGUCUGCAAAAGGACCUGCCGACGGCUUCACUAUGGCGGAGAAAGCUGCAACCAAGAGGUUUAUGGAAGAUGCUGGAUACAGGUUAGGUGCCGAAAACCAACGACAGUGCCGGAUCUUUUGGAGAAAUCUUCUCAAAAUGCGAGAAGCCGGUAUCGAAAAAGUCCUAUAUUACCGCACCAAAGAAUUCGACAGCUACUGCAAAGGGUAUCCCAAAACGUCAAAAGUUUCUCUUGUGGAUACAAUCAAGAAGUGGGAGGCACAGUAUAGACCUUAUAUCGAACAGCUAGAAACACGGCUUCUUAGGCUCGGGAAAGGCGACCUGGCGCGCGUAUCUGAUCUUGACAAUCCUCAAGUUACUGAGAGGCUGAAAGUUCAGGAGUCCUGUUGGAAUUGUGCCGGAAAUGAAUGGGCUUUCCCCAACGAGGAAGAAAGCUACAAGGGAGUUGGCUUGCAGACUUUCUCUCCUGAUAUGGUAUGCGCACCCUACGAUAACCAACUAGUGUCAGAGUCUGGUGGAGAUAAGUCUUCAUUCACCUUCCUCUUGCCGAAAGACGACAGUUCUUUGCUCGUCUGUUCCAUCAUCCCCGUGCACGAGGGAGAUUUUCUAGGUGUCUUUUCUGGUAAGAUUCGUUUCUCGGAAACCUGGAGUCCCACACACGGUAUUCGCGGUCCUGUCGACAACCUGUGGUUAGACUAUUCUCAAGUCACUGGUACGCUGAACCAAAUGCUCGUUUCAGAAACUGGUGGGUCCACAAACGUUCGCAUCCAGUGGGAUUUAAUCCACGAUGAUGUUGACACAGAUAAUUGCACCUCCUGGAGAGUUUCGGUGAAAGCUACUAAGCCAAUAAUGCCGUUUGAACCUCUCGUUCGCGAGGCUGCUCAGCAAGAGCAAUAUGUAUUGCACUUAUCUCCUGAGCAUGCAAAGAGAGGCUUUCUCGAACUUUGCGAAACUGACUGA